AUGCCCACCACCGCCGCGGCGUCGUCCUUCGCCUUCCCCUUGCCCUCGUCCGCCUCGACCUCAUCAAGCAACAACAAGGCCAAGCCCCGACCUCCCCCGCUCAGCAGCCUGCCGCUCAACCCUGCAGGGCUCGCCUACGCCGCCGCCGACGAUGCCUCGACCGCCCCGCCGCUCAGCCCGGCCGUCGUCCUGUCGCCCUCGACCCCCGACUUCCCCGCGGGCCAGCUCGCCCUCCCCGACGUGCACGAGCUGCUCGUCCCCGCGCGAGAGCUGCCCCGCAGCAUGACGCCGCCGCUCCUGCGCCUCGAUGGCGGCCACAAGGGCACGGCUGCGGGGCGCUCGGCGGACGCAGAGGGAAACGUCCUCGAGCAGGAGGAGGGCGAGGGGGAUCGGCACGAGGACGAGGCCCAGGGCGCGAGCAGGGUGCGGCACUCGCUCAUGCUGCUCGACUCGAAGCUCGCCGAGAUCAAGUCGCUCGGCUUCGGCGCAGUCGUCGAGGAGCAGGCUCAAGCCUCGCACACGCCCCUCCCGGGCGACCUGUCGAUGCACUCGCUCGCCUCGUUCGCGACCAACACGACCACGACCUCGUCCGAGGACGCGUUCGACAUCGCCGACUUCCCGUCGGUCGACCCGCUCGACUCGGGCUACGAGAUCGACCCGUCGUCCAUCCCUCGUCCUCGGCGCAGCUCGAGCACCGUCAUGGCCUUCCCGGUCCCGCCGGCGCUCGCGUCCGCGCCCAGCACGGCGCGACCGUCCCGCUCGGCGAGCGCCGACGACGAGCACGUGUUCGAGCAGCUCGCGCAGCUCGGGCAACGCGCGAGCGUGCAGGGCCUCGGGCUCUUCUCGGGCGAGGGGGAGGGCGGCGAGCCGACGCUCGCACCGGGCGAGAUGGGCGGGCGCAGCUCGCGCUCGUCGUCGCUCUCCGAGUCGUCGACGCUCUCGGACAAGUCGUUCGGCGCGUCGACCCUCGCGAGCUCGGCCGCCAACACGUCGUGCGGGCCUCGCGACGUCGACGAGUUCCCGCCCGACCUGCCGCACCCGUCGCAGGCCGCGUCCUGGUUCGCGACGAGCCCGCCGACGGCGACGCCGCGCGCCCUGCCCUCGCCCAUCGACCCGAUCCUGGCCAACAUCGGCGGCUCGGCGCACCCGGCGCUCGCGAGCCCGUUCGCCGCCGCCGAGUUCAGCAGCCGCAGCGGCGCGAGCAGCCCGGCCCUGACCGGCCUCUCGAGGCGCCCGAGCCCGACGGCGACGCAGUACUCGGCGCGCUCGUCGUCGCUCCCGUCGCGGCGCUCGCGCUCGCGUGCCUCGAGUCGAGGUGCGGCGCCGUCGCCCUCGCCCCAGGACGAGGUCGCCCCGUGGUCGCUCUCGCCGGCGGCGCCCAUCACCGAGUCGACCUUUGUCACGUCGCCCGAGUCGCACUCGCACGAGCUCGAGAUCCUCGCCGACGAGCAGCCGGCGCCCGUGCCGCCGCGCAAGGACAGCGCCGCCGUCGGACCGGCCGCCGCCGAGGACCGCUCGCCCAAGGUCCCGCCGUCACACGCGUCGAGCUUCGGCAAGACGCUCCGGCGCCUGUCGAGCUUCGGCAUCCUCAAGAAGCGCAAGAGCGAGGCCGUCCUGCGCGACUCGGCGGGCAGCGGCAACACGGGCUCGUCGCCCGUCAUCGGCGACCAGCAGCAGCAGCCUCGAGUACCGCUCCUGUCGAAGCGCAAGAGCGAGGCGGCGCUGUCGGCGCUCCUCCUUCGCUCGAGCCAGCGCGGCGGCGACAAGGAGAACUCGGCCGCUCGCCGUCCUGCGAGCCCGCACCCGCCGCAGCCGCCCAAGCUCGCGCGCCGGUCCGUGUCGACGCCGAGGCUCGCCGCCAAGUUCACCGCCUCGGCGCCGUCGCCUCGAGGUGAAGCGGCACGCCCGCCGAUGCCGGCGUCGCCAGCCUCGUUCGCCGGCCUGACGUCGCCGCACGCGCCUUUCGCCGGCCGGCAGCGCACGUCGUCGUUCACCGAGGGCGACCAGCUCGGCACGGGCAAGCUCAAGAAGCGCCUGUCGACCUUCUUCAACACGGGCGGGCGAGCGACACCCGACGAGACGGUGCCGCCCGUGCCGCCGACGCCCAAGGAGCACCUCGCCGCUUCGUCCUCGGCCAAGCGCGCCCCGGCGCCGAACGACAUCGACAUCGCCCGGGCGAACGCCCUCGUCAUCAAGGAGGUGAGCGAGCCGUCGUCGGCGGGCACCCUCGACGCCAUCUCGCCGGCGCACCCGUCGUCCGUCUUCUCCGAGGCGCUCCCGAGCUCGUCGACCCCGGCCACGUCCAUCUUCGCCACGCCGUCGUACCCUGCGUUCGCCGUCGUCGACGUCAAGGACGAGCCGUUCCACGUCCCCAUGCCGACCUCGUCCCUCUCGGCGCCGGCGCACCAGCAGGGCUUCAUGUUCCCGCCGAUGCCGUCGCUGCCCGACGGCCACGAUCCGCGCCUCUCGCUGUGCGGCUUCAUGCGCACGGCAGACGAGCCGCUCGACAUCCCGUCGAGCAAGAGCCCGGUCUCGAGCGCCGUCUUCCCGAGCACCCGCCUCGCGCAGGAGCGCAGCUCGGCGCGGCAGCGAGCAGGCGAGGGCCGCUCGCUGUCGACCGUCGCGCUCGAGCAGGCCCUGCCGUGGGACCGCCCGGCGUCGCCCAUGACGUUCGCGCCGCAGGACAUCAUCGCGUUCCCGAUGCGCCUCCAGCCCGAGCUGCAGCGCGCCUUGCCGACGCCGGCGCCGCUCAGUACGAGCCCGAGCACGCUCCACAGCACGAGUGCGGCGUCGGACGAGGAGGAGGACGACGACGAGAGCGAGGACGAGUACGGCUCCAACACGGCGAGCAGCGACGAGGACGACAAGCCGCUCGGCGUCGUCGUGCCCGGCGCGCUCACGGCGCAGAAGAGCCUGCGCCUGACGGCGGCCAAGAAGAGCCGGUCGGAGCGCAAGGCUCGCGAGGCGCAGGACCCGGCUCGGCGCGAGCAGGGCAAGGGCCAGCAGGCUCGACGCCGGCGCGAGGACCCGUUCGAGCUCGAGCACGCCGCCGCCAUGGUCACGACGCCGCCGACCUCGCAUGACGGGCACGUCGUCCGCUCGUCGUCGCGCAACCAGGCCUUCCCGCCGCGGCACGUCCGCCCGCCGCUGUCGCCCAUCAACUCGGCGUCGACCGUCGCGACUAUCCAGUCGGCCGGCCACGAUGCGCUCCUCCCGCAUUCGGACGCCUCGCUCGAGCGCCGCUCGGACGCACUGCGCCGCUCGCCGUCGACGCCGCUCGACCCGAUGGUGGCCGACUCGGCGCUCACGAUCGACUCGCCCGAGGUCGCGCAGCAACCGCUGCCUCGCCCGGCGCGGUCGCCGUUCACCCUGCCGUCGCCCAAGGCCGAGUCGCGUCCUCGUUCGAGGUCUCGGUCGCGCAAGCCGGACGGCCUGAGCGUCGCAACGAGCGCAGCGCCCUUCAGCGCCGCCGCAGGCGACGUGCCCUUGCGCUCGCCCAUCGCCCUCGGCGCGCCGCCCAAGCCGACUUUCCGGCCACCUCCUGUCCCGACGACCUCGUCCUCGUCCGUUCAGCAGGCGGUGCCCGCCUUCGACCGCCGACCGAGCUUCGCAGCGCGCAAGUCGAGCUCGCCGACGACCUCGCCCGCCGGGACGCCGGCUCUUUCCCGUCGUCCGAGCCUGCACCCAGACCUGCACCCCGGCGCCGCCAUGCAGCGCCAGGCGAGCUCGUCGUCGGCCGUCUCGAGCGCCGCGACCGUCUCGCGCUCGGGUACCCUCUCGGCGGCCAGCGGUCGCUCGCGGUCGGGCACCAUGUCGAGCGCGCACCCGCCGCCUCCUGCGGCAGUCGAGACGCGCGUGUACGUCGACGCGACGUGCGAGCAGUUCGUGCGCGUCAACGUGACCGACAAGACGCUCGCCGGCGAGGUCGUCGCGUUCGCCAAGGCCAAGGGCGCGCUCGCGAGGGACACGCCCGGUGCGGCUGAGGGUGGGUGGGCGCUGUGGGAGGCCUGGCGCACGAUGGGCAUCGAGCGGCCCGUGCGCGAGUACGAGCUCGUCGCCGACGUGACCCGGUCCUGGGACCAGGAGGGCAACGCGCUCUUCUUCCGCAGGACGACCAUGUGGCCGAUCCUGUCUGCGCAUGCUCGCUCGCAUCCUUUGGCGCCCAAGACCGGCGCGAUCCAGCUCGAGAUCAAGAAGGGCAAGUGGUCCAAGCGCUUCCUUACGCUCAAGGACGGCACGCUCAGCUACUCGAAGGCCGACAAGGGCAAGGACACGACGACUCUGUGCCAGCUGUCCAACUUUGACGUCUUCCUCGUGUCGGCCGAGCAGGCCACCCGGCUCAAGGCGCCUCGACCGUUCGUCUUUGCGCUCAAGUCGCGCCUCACUCGGGCCCACUUUGAGGAGACGGCCGAGUGGUGCCACUUUGUCGCGACCAAGGUGCCCGAGGAGGCGGCGAGCUGGGUCAAGUCGAUCACGGAGGCCGGCAAUUCGUUCGCCCGCAUCCGCGAGCAGGCCGUCCUCGGUACCGGGUCGCCUGCAACGCCCACGUCGUCGGCCUUCCCCGCCGUCUCGCUCCUCGCCAGCGCCGGCUUCACCCCGACCGACGCACCGCCUGUCCCGGUCGUGCCCACCAACGUCGCCGCACCUCGCAACCCCACGUCUCGCCCCAUGCCGCCCGCCCUCGUUCAGCGCUCGUACACGGCGCCGCUCCCUCCCGUCGGCGCGCCGGGUGCGUCCCUCUCGCGAGCAGGCACGGUCGUCAAGCCCGACGCGAGGCAGUGGGGCGCGAUGGACCACGACGAGCGGCAAGAGUGGCUCGUCGCGAGUGAGCGGGCGGCCAAGCAGGCCAAGCAGCCGCUCCUCGACCUGUCGAGGUAGAG